GCAUCCUACCAAGUGCCCUAGGACACUGAUUUGGGACGCGACAACAGGAGUGUGUGUGUAGGACUCGGAGCCGGACUGUUACAGCGAUUAUAACUCCACUAUAACCUGUGAUAACAUCUGCUCCACCCCACUGAGCCCUCUGUGUGUGUGUGUGUGUGUGUGUGUGUGUCAGUAGAGAUGUGGACUCUCACCCCUCAGGAUGUUUUCUCUCUCAUUCUCAUGUCUUUAAAAGUCUAAACACUUUUCCUCAGUCCAACUUUGGGUUCUAUCGUGUGUGUGUGUGUGUGUGUGUGUGUGUGUGAUGAUGACGUCAGCCCGUUCCCCUGUGGUUAGUGAUGAGGGCUCAGAGCUGGUGUGUGUGUUGGUGUAUGUGGUGUGUGUGUUGGCGUGUGGGUUUGGGGCCCUUGGCACACUGAGAAUGACAGGAAGAGGCGGAACACACUCAGACGCCCGUCUCUCCUCUCUCAGUUGUCUCUCUGCAGGUGUGUUUUUAGCCUCCUGUCUGUUGGACGUUGUUCCAAAUUUCCUGACAGAGAUGAGAGAGACGUUCAGGGAGCUCGGAGUGACGCUGCGGUUCCCUGUGCCGGAGUUCAUCAUGGCAGUGGGUUUUCUCUUCCUGCUGGUGGUGGAGCAGCUGAUCCUGACUCUGAGGGACGAGUGCGAGCGACAGCUCAGACAGAAGGAAGGACGAAUAGAGAAGGAACAUAUGCUCUUGUGCUCACCCACGUCCCGGCCGCGUCCCGAUCUCUCGCUGUCCCCCAUUCGCUCGUCCGUGCUGCUCCUGUCACUCUGCCUGUUCUCCGUCUUCCAGGGUCUGACGGAGGACGAGGCGCGACUGCGUCCCGACCUUCUGCUGCGUCCCGCGCUCCUCGCCUGCGGCCUGGUCUUCCUGCUCGCUCAGAGUCACAUGAGACGCUCUGCCGUGUCCAUCUGCCUGACGCUGCUGUCCUUGGCGUUCCCGCUCGGCCUCGCCUUGCGUCACACACACGCGCACACACACCUUCGUUUGGCUCGCGCCAUGCUGCAGGGCCUGAGUGUCGGGAGCUUCACCUACAUCGUCUUCAUGGACGUGAUACCGCGAGUGACGAGCGCUAAUGAGCAGCGCAUCGCUAAAGUCACGCUGAUCCUCACAGGGUUCAGUCUGCUCACCGCCGCGCUGCUCCUCAAGACAUGAACAUGCACACGGUUACACACACACACACACACACACACUUAUAAUUCUAAUAAUACAAUAUCUGCACUACAUAAUACCAAGCUAACAAAGUGUUUCUUGUUCACGGCGAAGUGUUACCAUGACAACUGGUUCUGUUCCAAAUCACCGUCAGUAGUGUGCAGUAACGGGACACAGUGAGUGUGUGCACUACACACUUGGGGAUGUGUGGUCUGGGGUUUAAACGUGAACACACACUACACAUUCUGCGCCUUGUUAAUGCACACGAGUCACAUGGAGCCGAGAGGAGGCGCACGUGUAGAACUUUAUGAUGUAAUACAUGUUGUAUCUGUAAAAAGUCCCAAUAAACCUGAUGAUAUUUUAUCAUCA